GUUCGGAAGGUAUUUAGUCUGAAAAUGAUUUGAGGUGCUAAUUUUAGCUGAAGAGCAUCUGUGCUGAUACAAAAUGCCGUAAAUCGAUCAAAGACUUCUUUGUUGUUAUUCUUAGGACAGCCAGCAUCUUUGUAGCCACGGGCAGUGUAGAGGACAUUUUCAGACGCCUCCUGGUAUCUUCAGCUUCUGCCUCCCUUUAAGUGCACGGAAUAUGCUCCCUGCAGUUUAAAAGAGAGAGCAGGGUGUUCUAUUAAUAGCUUUUUGUUGGUGGAAGAGAUAGGAGAAGGAGGAGAAUGUGAGCAGAGACAGAAAGGUGGAGAGAAAGAAAGAUUUUUAAAGAAAUCCUUCAAUCCUUCAGUGAACUUUCUGUGGAUCUCUGGUCUUGACAUCCAAAUGUAAAAAUCCAUACUAGGAAAGAAAUGCACUAAUAAAAACAGCUUGUUUUGUAUGCUGUUAAAUCAAGUUUUUUUUAUUUAUUUGAGUUUUUAUUUUCUUUGUUUAGAUCCAUAAAAUGUGCCGUUGAAAUUUCCUAUAUAUCUAUGAGGUGCUCUUUUAUUCUUGAUUUCUUAUGAUAUCUUGUGAUAUCUUGUGUCAUCUUCUCACCAGACACAUCUACACCUGAGUGGUUUUGCUAUCUGCCGGCUUGUGCUCUUCUAUCUUCGGUCCACUUGUGCUUUAACUACAGCAAUGCAUUGUGAACGGGAGCACUUGGGGCCUUGGUGCUGUAGCUACAGCUCUGCUUUAGUCAUUAGUCUUGCUUAGAUCCAGCGAUGCAGUGCAGAUCUCUGCAGCAUCUUUGCUGAAAUCGGGGCAAACAGUGAGAGGCAGAUGGAACAGAGCAGCCUGAGCAAGGACACAGGCAGCAGGAACAAAGCCCUGCUGCAGGUGGCUGCCACUGCCACAGAACUGUUGUGAGGGAGCAACGAGUGAGACUGUGUGUUGUUUGUCAGGGAUGGUAGCAUACCCACAGGAGCAUGGAUGAGUAGUCAUACAGGCUUGCACUGUGCUUACCAGCUUGUAAUUAGGAGACGAGAGCUGUGGGACUUGGAGCUAAUCCAACAGGGCUGCCCAGCAUCAGACCACACCCUGUUAUUACAAGGUGUUCAGCUUUAUUCUCAUUAAAUCCAGCCCUGGAAAUAGUGCCAUGAGUUUUGAAAUGGUUAAAUUCAUCUGUUUAGAGCAGUGUACAAGUCACUGGCUUAUUUUAUUUCAUUUUAUUAUAUUUUAGCAUAUUUUUUAAAAGGUUUUUGUAUUCAAUUUUAGUUGUAAAACAAUUCAGUGAUGGAAGAAAUGAUUACUGCCCUCUAGGGUGGCAUUGCUGAAACUACACAAAGUCUGUAAUUGUAAUCAAUGUGUCAAAAACACCUUGUGGAAGAAGUAUUGAGAUUCUUAAAUGAGCCUGAGAUUGAAUUCCAAAGAUUUAAAAGUUAAAUAUUAAUUUAACAGAUGAAUAUCUCUGUGAGUGAUGUAAAAUAUGAUUUUAUAAUAUUAGAAAAUUUUAAGCCUCUGAGAAUGGCAGCUCUGUUUAAUCUAAUUCCUAAACAGUUAAUGCAAUGUUUUGUUAAACUCCUUGAAUUAAAGCCGAAAGCCAUUCUUACAAGCACAUUUUUAAAUUUAUUUUAUUUCAUUUUAAUAUUUUAUUCAUUUUUUUUAUAUAAAACUCACUGUGGUGGUGUGCAAAAAUUGUGUCUUUGUUCAAAAACAUAUGGACCUAACUGUAUACAUUGUACAAAGUUAACUCUUUGUAUAAUAUAUACAAGAAUACAUUAAAUUCUAUCUAUAUUUUUAAACUCAAAAUGCAUAAAUAGCCUGACAUUUAUAAAUGGAUGAUUAAGUCUUAAAUGUUCCAGCGAGCAGAGAGGGUACUUGCUUUUAAGGAAAAACUUGUAAUAUCAAACAAUAUCACGUGUCUAUCAUCGAUCAUAGGUCUUAGGUCAAGGUGCAGAUCUCGUGUCUCUGUCAAAACACCUUCUGAGUCUGACUUCCUUCUGUGCCCCAUACGAUCAUAUGCUUCACUUUUUCACUGUGCCAAAGACCAGCAAGUGCUUGUUUCUGCAGGAACCUGAGCAAAUGUAGUGGAAAGACAGACAGUUCUUGUGACAAUGUGAAGGUCCCAUAUUAACUCUAUCACCACUGCCCCAUAAGAAUACACACAGACAUGGUUUUUAUAGUUUGACAGUUUCAGGAUUUUCUUUAAAACUACCAUUUUCCUUUAUUUGACUCACAAUGGUGGCUCUAAAGUUCAUCUGAAUAGAUAUAAGGUCUUUUUGACCUGUAACAGGUUCAAUAUGUUUUUCUUUUUGUACAUUUUGGGUCACUUUAGGAAAAGUAAUCAAAAUUCUGACUGAAAAGUAACAUUUAGGUCAUUUAUACUGUUGUCAAUUCUCAAAAUGUGUCAUAUUGGGCACAAAUGGGAAAUUGGUCUAGUGGUUCACAGCUCCCUCUGAAGGGUCAGCCUCCCUCUGAAGGAUCAUGAGAUGAUCAAAGCGAGUAUAAAAAUCUAAAUUUAUUGUUGUUUCAUCACAUAUACCAAAUAUUUCUAACUUUUCAAAUUGAGUUUUGCCCUGAAUGACUGAAGCAGCAGUGAUGAAUGCUUUUCUGUAAAUUUCAAGAGAGAAAAAAAGGCUGGAAGGCCCUGAUUAAGCUUUUAUAUACACUCUAUUAAAAUAAAAUAUAAAACAUUGUUUUGUUUUAUGUGCAAUCUUUCACUUCACUACAUCUGACAUCUGGAAACUAGAGAUAAAAAAAGGGAAAUAGAGAAAUAAAAAGUGUAAUAUCUAAGUACCUCAAGAUUAGACUUGAGUUUGCUUAAACAGCUGCUUGAAAUAAAAACACUAGGCUGUUCUCUGCGUAAACACUCUUGAUUGUCUAAUCAGUAAUUGAGUCUAAUGAGAUACAUAAUGCAGCCCUGGGAGUUUAGAUGGAGUAGGACCGUCUAACCCUUCUCCUUCAGAGUCAAUGGAGAAUCAAUACAUUCAUACACUAGACCGCACACUCCACUUAUCUGGGAUAACAAAUGGGCUGGGUUAAAAACAUCCUACUGAUGGCCAGAUACUCUGAAGCCAACUGAUUGAAACAAAAUCAACAGACCUGUGUUCAAGAACAGCGGUGUAGGUCACAUAGAAACCAGUGAUUAAUGGCCUUGAUAAAUUUCAGUUUGUUGUUUAUUGUGCUGGGGUCACACACAACAAUCCACAGACUUGAGAUACACCAAAACAGUUAAAGACAGUAGACUACAGUAUGUUUAAUCUCUGUACAAGUUGGUUUGGCAGUCUAUCAUUUGAGGCAGCGACAGAUAAAGGAAGUUGAUGUUUAGGAGCUCUGAGAUGUUUAUAUCUUAAUGUUAGACGGUCUGAAGAGGGUCUGAAGAGGCAAAAUUUAUCAUUGAAAGAGCAGAGGCACAAUGUAACAGGAAGAGGGAGGUAAAUGUGCCAGAGAUAUGUCACAGCUUAUAAACUGUAACUAAUGGCUCUUUAAUGUGUGCUUUUCACUAAUUAUAUCUAUAUAUUUUUCAGUUACAUAAUCUAAAUUUAAAAAAAAAAAAACAUUUAUCAAGAGUUUGUGCAACUCUAAUCGUUUUUUUAAAUGGAAUCUUCCAUCAGUCACUUUUCAAGAAAAGAUGUUUAAUCACUUUCUUCCAUAUGGUUAAAUUUAAAACCUCCAGUUUUUCUUUUUCCUGAUAAUUAGAAAUUUGAACUGGUUUUGGAUAUUUCUAACUUUUGGGCAGAGCUAGGAAUGUUGUUACCCCCAUGAACUACACAGACAGGAUGGGUGUAGCUUCAAAGUCUGAAAAGUGACAUCUUGCUGAGUUUAUUGUGUUAUUUGCAAGUUUAAAGUCUAUCUUAAAAUGUAAUCAAAUGAUUAUUCCAUAAUAAUGUUUAUUUUUCAAAUAAUUUUCAAAUUGAUAGUGAAAAUAAAGAAGAUUGUGUUUUAGGGUCUGCUAUAACUGUUUACCGAAUGGGGAUCCUGCAGUUUCUUGGAGUUGUCCAUUGCUCAUCACAUUGGGGUUUAAUGUCAAAGGCUUUAAAACAGGAGCUCACUGACUAAUGGGUGACAUCCAGUGAUGGAUUUGUUUCUCAAAAAAUUUAAUUACUUGUUAUUUUUUUUAAAGCUAUCCAUGACAUUACUUAAUAUUUAACAGUAUAAAACAGACUGGCACAAAUCCCUGUCCAAUCACUUUCUUUCCAAGACCCAAGUCUGAUUUUAGAUUAAUAUUUUUUUUUUUAAUAUAUUUCCCAUUUAGUUACAAAAAUUAUUUCUCUGUAUUUAACAAUAUAAAAAUGGCAAAAACAGAAAGUAAUUCAUGUGCAAAUAUGUGUGAUGUAUCUGAACUACAGUUGCCAUUGGAGUGAGCAAUGAUCAAGAAUGGAGCACCAAUAAAUGCUAUAAAUACACCACGCAAUGUGUCCAUAAAACAUUUAUGCAGUCACUGCAAUUCAGUGAAUGUUAAAGUUGAGAAAUAAAACUCACUGAAUGCAAGAAGUCAACACAGUAUGCUCCGCAUUGCUUAACUGUUAUAAAAUGGCAGAUAUCAAUGAUCUAAAUUAGCAGUUUUCAUUUAAACUGUAGGUUCAUUAAACUUGCUGUCACCCCAUGUUAAUCAGUCCAGUCCACUGUGAUCAAUCGCUGAUCUUUCUUGAUUACUUAACCUAAGGGGAAAAGUCCAUCCCUGCUGCUGGCUGUGUACGCAUCUUGUGGAGGCCAUUUCUAACAUGUUGAGCAAUGAAAGAAUGUCAGAGGCUUUAAAUAUCCUGUGUGAGUUAAUAUUUUAUCAACAUCUCAGUCCCAAGGCCUCUUCCCCCUUUUACAUCCCCACAUCCAACUCUGAGAUUGUGCACAAAGCAGGAACGGUAUACUUUUUGUUUUAAACCUACCAGCUUUUUUUCAUUGCCUUCCCUUCACAUUCUCACAGCUUGUGCACUUUCUAUUUUUCAACAAAAAAUGCAUUUUCCUGCUAAUGGGUUUGCAAAUGCAAACCUUUCCCUUAUAGAAAAUGUUGGUUGUCUUAUCUUGGCACAUACGAUUUCUAUCACAUGGAUCAAGCAGAGAGGAAAUUAAAUCUUGAUGAAAAGAGGGCAUUCAAAUGUGCUUAAUAGGCAAUCUAAUUUAGAGUUGCAAACAGAAAAUGAGCUGAGCAGCAGAAUGAAGGCAGCUCCAUGUGUGGUUCAGUGUGUCCCACUGCAUCCACUGAGCUUAUUCAUUAUGUAUGCAAUGAUCUCUUGAUGAAGGGGCCUGAAACAAAGCAUCAUCUUCAUUGUACAGAUGGCACUGCUGGUGCUUCUUUGCCCAGAAACACUCCAACAACACUACUUGUUUUUAUGGAGUUUAAUGAAAUGUGAAGGGUUUUAACAGCAGUGGCAGUUAAAAAUACUCAUAGAUUUUCUAUAAAAGAUAACUCAGAUUAAUAACAACUUUUACUGCUUUACACUGCUUGUAAAAGAUGUUACUCAUCAAGUUCAUUUUAUCUUACAAAUGAAGAAGGCAGCCUACAUUUACACUUAUUGUCAACAAAAUGUAGAAGAGAGGGGAAAUGAAGUUUAAAGGUAAAACAGUUACAUAAUUAUCUGUGGUAAACACAGUGUUAUUUAUGUAGAAACCAACUUCUUCACUAUCUUUCAACCCAUUGUAUUGUAUGUUGCUAUAUGUGUACACUCUUCCAGUGCAAUUAGGCCACAGAUAUAGUGCCAAAUCUAAUAGUGUAGAUAAUCUGAAUAAAAAUUGAAUUUACCUCAUUGCUGAUUUCUAGGCAUAAUGCUUUCAGUGCACAUAACCAAUAGACUGUCAAAUAUUGCCAAGGUGUCCAAUUCGACACUUGAAAAUACUCAAAUUGUUACAACAACAGGAUUAUCCCUUAAGCCAGUACCAGCUAUUUGCCACAUGAGGCAGCAGAACAAUUAGUAAUAAAAGGUAAGAUUGACUAAAUAUGUUAAAAACCUGAAGCAAUCAGAAAUCCAACUGAUUUGAUUGCUGAUUGCUGAAAAAUAAGCAAUUAAUGCAGUGAACUAUAAGGCAGAGACGUAUUUUCUAUGCCUUCUGACCCUAAAUGGCUGUAUUAUCAUUUGAGAAAUUGGAGCUGGUUCCUGCUGACAUAAUUGAGUUCCCGGGUGGAGCAUUUAUGUCAGGUGCAAGAAGGCUGCCUUCAUUCAUUAUUCAUGUUUGAUCAAAGAGAGUGAUCAAGUACCACUGAGGAAUGCAAAGUCAUAAUAGUAGGGUGAAAUUGGGUUUUAUGAUGGAUGGUACUUCAAUACCAUUGAUACAUAGAGGUUAAACUGGGAUGUUUUUCAGUCAUUUAGGAAAGGAAAAUAUAGAAGUGUAAACACAGCACUUCUCAAUAAACUGCGAUUAGCUAGUUUUUCAUUAUUAGACCCACAGUGGUGUGUGAAAACCACCGCUCUGACUUCUGCAGGCUGAAAGAUUUAUAGGCUAGCUGCUCUAUUCUCCUGAAGCAGCAGCCCGUGCAGCCACACCAUGGCAACAAUGGCCAACAGCUUUCCACUGGAUAAGAAGAUACCCAGUGUUUAGAGUUGAAUACCUGUCCAUCUGUCCCCACCAACAUGGCCGCAAGCAGGGCUUUUCAGCACCUCUGUCACACACGCUGAGGUAUCUAAUUCCUACACAUACGAAUACACGGAGGCUGAACAAAGCAACCAGAGACCUCACGAGGAUUAAAGACAAGAGUUUGGUGCAGAAAUAUUUUAUAAGCCAAACAGAAGUGGUAUUCCAGGAGAGUGUAUUAGAAGCAGAGGAUUACACCGUGCAUAUUGUGUGAGUUUUAGAGCUGUACUGUGGUGAUAAGGCCUAUGUUGGCUUCAGAGACAAGAACCUGCAUUAUGUGGAAGACAGGUGCUGAAUGUUAAAUACGUUUAUUAAGGAUAGAACAAUUUACUGCAUUGCAAUGUUUACACUGAUAUGUGAUGAAUAACAGAACUUGAUCAGAUUGGAUUUAUUUAAAAAACACUGAAAAACAGUCCUUCAAAAAGAAUAAAUUGCUAAGCAAAAAGCUGUGUGGUACAGUUUUGUCUGUAUCACUAAGUUAAGCUGUUUUAAAGUGUUCGAACGCAGCAUCUGAGACUAGGUGAAAUUAUUUUAUUAAGCUUCAGUUUUGAUAAUAUUAUUAGAUAUCGUGUCUUAUUUUUACCAGAUUAACAUUAAAAAACAUUCCUUUUCCAACAAAAUGUUUUUUUCUGCAUUUAACUAUAUAAAAAUGAAAACAAAAUGAAAGAAAUUCAGUCAUUGGUGUCAAUUAUCUGAAUUACUAAGCUAUGACAAAAUAUAGUUAAAUUACUAGUUCACUGCUCCCCAUCACUGAACCCAAGUUAUUAGAAUAUUGAAAAUGAAUUCAAGUAAUCUCAGGCCAUGAAAUCCUUGUAACUUUGUCCCAGUGGUGUGCAAAACAGAAUUUCCGUUGGAUUGAGGCCUGGACUUUGCCCGCGUCAUUGCAACACUUUGAUACUUCUCUUUGUCAGCCAUUCUCUUGUUAAUUUGCAGCUGUGCUUGAGAUCAUUGUUCGGUUGCAUGACCCAGUUUUGGCUUUAGCUGUCAGACAAAUUGCCUCACAUUUGACUUUAUAAUACUAUAAUACAGAGAAAGUCAUGCUCUGUUCAGCCAUGUGGCUGCAAAAUCAUCACUCCUCCAUCACCAUGCUUGACAGCUGGCAAGAGGUGUUGUACACUCCAGUCUUGCUGGCAGUACAUCCAAACAAGCCAUACAUGUUCAGUCCUUUUCUAAGUGUACUGUCAUGAGCUUUAGCCCUGAACAUGAUAACUGAGGCCUGUAAAGUCUGUCAUGAAGCACUUGGGUUUUUAUUGCAGUGUCUCUGAGCAUUACACAGCUUGACCUUGGGGGGAAUUUGGUAGGAUAUCCUCUCCUGGAAACAUUGUAAAGUUGUGUUAACACCGACCUGACCCACAAUGAGAGAGAGAGAUGCUUUUAAUCACUACCUUAUUAACACAGUAAGCAGCUUUGUGUAUUUGAUUUGGCAGAUUUUUGCACUGGAUACCCUUCCUGACGCAAAUCACAAGGGCUUUUGUGUCACCAUGUGGAACUGAACCAGGGUGCUCAUUAGGCAAAUGUGUAACCCACUACACUAUGGGGUUCCUAGGAUGGGCAAAUGACUAAUAGAACAGAAUUACUAUUAGUAGAGCAAAAAGGUUAGCACAGCUAAGAGUUAAAAGCAAUUUUUAGUCAUAUAAAAUCAAGACUAAAUGAUACAAAAUGAACCUGUGUCUGUGUAGUGGCUCAACCCAAACAGAUAGACAUGAAAAUAAAACAAAAAUAAAUAAAUAAAAUUUCAGUUUCAUUUGUUUUAUUUUAUUUUUCUCCCUUAAGUCUAUCAACCCCAACUGACUUUCAAAAAAAAAACAUUAAAUGGACCAACGUGAGGGCAAAAAAGUGAGCACGCAGAGAAAAAACACUGGCCUGUGACCAGUGAAUCCUACGCACGGGUGUGAAAUUUGAUAGUGAGCCACGCAAGAGCACCUGGCAGGCAGACAGACAGGUUCAGGACUUUACUAGCAAUGAGAAAAACGAUCCCAAUGCUGCAUAAACACAGGUGUGCUUUCCUUUCAGCCUUGUUAUACUGACGACGGGAGGACAGAUGGACAAGACAAACGAGUGAGAAGAAGAAGCUUCCACUAAGAAAUCACAAAGAAGUUUUAUAGUGACAUCUACUGUCCCUGUGUGCAGUAAUUUUGUUGCUGUUGCUGAUUACUACAGUGUUACAUUCGCUGAUAUCUCCCUACACACUGUGCAUUUCCUGUACAAAAAGCUUAAUGAACGUUAUCAACAUGAGAUAACGUUUACUGUGUUUAUUUGCAUGCUGCACAAGACUAAAUGACUCGAAUUUUGUUGUUGUUCAAAACAUCUGUCUUGUAUAUUUAACUGUAACUGCCCUCCCUUCUGUUGAAACCUCACACUUUGGAGAGAUUUACAACUGCUCCUUAAGACUCUGCAAAUGCCCGGUCAGAUAUUUAAUCAAACUCUGUGCGUGACGAAGUGCAGACAAGCUUCUUUCACGGCUGGAUGAAGAGGUAAAUUAAAUAGAGGCUUUACAUUUCACUGAAAAGGUGUGUUACUAUUACACAGUUAUUAAUAUAAGAAGACUUUGUACUAUUUCUGGAGUGAAGUAGCAAAACAAACGUAAUUCUAAGAUUAUUUUGUAGCUUAGUUUCCUGGGUAACUCAGUAAUUCUUGUUUUAUGGCUUACAAAAAUGUAUUAGGGCAACUAUAGGGCGACAUAUUUGGACUGACAUGUUUUUGCUUGUUGCCAAUAGCAAAUCUUUAUUUUUGCAUCAAAUAAAAUACAUUUGAAAACUUUCCUGGCAACAACAUUUGCUAGUUUGCAUUUUUACAAUUUAGCAGUGAAGUUUUUUAUUGGUAAGAAUAGUACUGAACAGUAUUACAAUUACACAGAUGAGAGUCUUGAUCGUGAAAUAUUUCACUAGUGAAUAUAAAAAUACUUGUUUUUGUAUCACAACAAUAUUUAAAUGCUAACAAAUCUCAGCUAGGAUUCUCUCUCGUGAAUCUCACUCAUCAAUCUCAUCAUUCUAAUGUUUUGUACACAUCAACAGGCCAUAUGGGAACAUGAGGAGGAGGCUUGGUGUAACUCAGGAGGCUUUGGAUGAGCAAACAGCGCCUGCAGCUAUGGAACCUCCCUGUCCAACGGAAAGGAGGAAAAGAGUGGGUCCCACACUCCCUUUGCCUCAUCAAAUAGCGAUUGGCUCCUGCGGAGUAAAUCUCCUAUCACAGAGCUUACCUAUCUCCAGUGGUGGAGGAGGGAGGAGGGAGAACAAAGCCAGAUUACACAGAGGUCUGAACCCAAAAAGUAGUGUACAGCUGCCUGAAUGAUAACCAGGAGGAGGGAGCCCCUGCCAGGAUCUUCAGCGUGGCACCAGCUGUGGUGUCUCCUCUGUCUACAAAACAAGGUUGAUAGACAGAGCUGUGGCUAGUGACAAGACAGGCAAUGGAGGUACCACUUGUUAAUUUUGAAAACAUGGAUGAUGUUGGCAUCAACCUGGGAGACCCAAACGAUUCUGGGUACCCAACCUCACCCACAUCAGAGGCCGCUGAUCAGAACCUUUUAACCCAGCGUUUGACUUCUCCUCAACAGUUACCACACAGAGGACGACACAGCCAUCAGUCUGGUGCAGAGGGGCUCUCACCUUCCACUCCUCUUACACUGACCACUAAAGCCAACUCCAGCAGUGGCAGUUUGAUCUCUAAUCUAAAGCUCCUGAUCAACAGUGAGUCUCCCACCGACAGUGUCUUCAGUAAGAUGCCGAGGGAUUAUUACGAGAGUGAAGAUUUGUUUGAAAAGCACUGCAUGGAAGAAAAGGAUGAGAAAGUUGUCAUCAAUAUUUCAGGACUGAUGUUUGAGACCCAGCUCAGCACCCUGAAUAAGUUUCCAGAGACACUGCUUGGAGACCCUAUGAAGAGGAUAAGCUAUUUUGACCCAAUGAGAAACGAGUACUUUUUUGACAGAAACCGCCCAUCUUUUGAUGGGAUUCUCUACUACUAUCAGUCAGGAGGGAGAAUCCGCAGACCAGCCAAUGUACCUUUAGAUGUAUUUGCUAAUGAAAUUGUUUUCUAUGAAUUGGGUCAUGAAGCGAUGGAGCAGUUCCGUGAAGAUGAAGGUUUUAUCAAAGAGCCAGAAGUUCUUUUGCCCACCAAUGAACUCCAGCGACAAUUUUGGCUACUGUUUGAAUACCCAGAGAGCUCCAGUGCGGCCAGAUCUGUUGCUCUGGUUUCUGUCCUUGUUAUUGUCAUCUCUAUCUUCAUAUUCUGCCUAGAGACUCUGCCAGAGUUCAGGGAGGACAAUGACUUUAUUCCAGGUGUAACCCAAUUCAUCAAUGGCACCCGAGAAGAUGCUAACCUUCAUCAGACCACUAAAAACCUGCUGGCAUAUUUCACUGACCCCUUUUUCAUAGUGGAGACUAUUUGCAUAAUUUGGUUCUGCUUUGAACUCGGUGUCCGCUUCGUGGUGUGCCCCAGCAAAAGUGAUUUCUUCAAUAACAUCAUGAAUAUCAUCGACAUCGUCUCUAUUAUUCCUUACUUUGUAACCCUGGGAACAGAGCUGGCUACAACACCUGAUGACGAUAUGAACUCUAGUCAGAACAUGUCUUUAGCGAUCCUAAGAAUCAUCCGACUAGUGAGAGUCUUCAGAAUUUUUAAGCUCUCCCGACACUCAAAGGGACUUCAGAUUUUGGGGCAGACCCUGAAAGCCAGCAUGAGGGAACUGGGCCUGCUAAUCUUCUUCCUAUUUAUAGGAGUCAUCCUAUUCUCAAGUGCCAUCUACUUUGCAGAAGUGGAUGAGCCCCAGACACAAUUUGUUAGCAUCCCUGAUGGCUUCUGGUGGGCUGUGGUGACGAUGACCACUGUGGGUUAUGGCGACAUGUGCCCCAUCACCAUGGGAGGCAAAAUGGUCGGCACUCUCUGUGCCAUUGCUGGUGUCUUGACCAUUGCCCUGCCUGUCCCUGUCAUCGUGUCCAACUUUAACUAUUUUUACCACCGUGAGACUGAGCAGGAGGAGAAACAGGUGAUGGAUGCAGCAGCAGAGGCUGCCCAGAAAAUGUCAGCUGCAAAUAAGUGUGGAAGCACACUUUCACUAAACAAAAGUAACAGCACCUGGCAGAAUGAAAAGAAUGGCAUGCACUGAUAAAGAAACUCAAGUAUUUAUUUAUAUAAAGGGCAUAAAAAACAAAUGGACAAAACAAACAUAUCCAUUAAUAAGAUACACUGAUUAUUCAGUGUAUCUUUCUCUCCGUUUUAUACUCCAAACAUGGCAGCAUUUGUGUAGAUAAUUACAGUAUUAAAAAGCACCGUGUGGUCUUGUGGCAACUGGGAUAGGCUCCAGCCACCCUGCAACUCUGACUUAGAUAAAUGGUUAUGGAUAAAUCUCUGGAUGUAUGUUUGGCGAGACAGUUUUCACAGAAGUUGUCUGCCUGCAUGUGGAUGUGUCAAAGUGCAAUUACUACAACUACUGUCAGUUACCUUUAUGAGCAUGACUGAAAGGUAUAACAUAUUAUCUUUCAUCCAGUGCACUUUGAAGAAAAAUGUCAUAGCUUAUAUGUACUUGAGAGGCAAAUUCUUAAUCUUGGAAAAUGUUAUUGUUAGAGUAAAUACUGUAACGACGGGAUAGGCAGUUGCAUAAUGUCCUUCUGGACUGUAUUAGCGGACUAAGUGACGGAAGAAAACAAAUCAAAAAUGAUUUUGAGCAGCAGUAGAACUGGAAGUAUAUUCAGUACUCAUAUUACAUCACAGUCCCAUGUCAGUCUAUACUUCAUCAUAAUCAGCAGAAUCUUGAGAGGACUUGGCAUGAUUUUCAAGGGCAGAUGAAUGUUUCCAGGCAAGAGGACAUCAGCACACACAGUGACUUAUCAGCAAAUCUAUUCUUGUGGAGAAGCAGCACUUCUCCAUAUGACACAGCAUAACAAUAUCUGUGUGAUAAACAGUUGGUGCAUUAGCAUGUCCGCCAUAAAUCUUCUAGAUGGCUGAAGAAUAUAAAUCAAAUAUAAUAGAGUAUAAUGUAAUACAUGCAGUAGUUGCAUGAAGAAGUUUCAGCUUUUAAAAUCAACUUUUCUUUUAUUAUUUGGGAUUUUGCUCCAAAUUAUGCACAUUAGAUAUAUGGAUCACCUUCUAAAGUGUAAUGUGAAUUUACCCUUUAAAAACACAUCAAUCAAAUGCACUUAAUGCUUUUUUCCACAUAUCUCUUAAGCACUUUUGGAAUUUUGCACCAUCCACUGUUGGCAGGGGAAAAAAAUGUGUAAAAAUGUGAAAGAACAUGUGUAUUCAGUUUGUAUCUGAGGGAGCUGGAGAAAGGCAAAAAAAAAAAAAAUCGACUUUUGCACUCUUAUUUGAACAUAUCUCCAUUUGCCUUUUUUCUCUCAUUUUUAACUGCAUGGCAUAGUGUGCUGGAAUGAGGUUUACUUCUUGUUAUCAGCAAAUGAAUGUUUGAAUAUUUACUGUGGCUGAAUGUACUGUAGUAUUUUAACCAUAAUAGUAAUGAGUAUUGUAUUCCAUGUGAUGGGAAAAGCCAAUACCUUAAGUGGAUUUGAGAAAAGAAGAGAACAAAUGAUAAAUGUGCACAGUUUAUUUGAAUUGGUACUAUAUAUGCAUGCCACAUUUUGACCUUGAAAAUGUACUGUAUGUAAGUUUAUGAAACAUAUAAAUACAGCUUGUACUAAAGUGUAAAUGAAUAUAGUUGAAAACAGUUGGUACCUUUCUAAUAACCUCACAAUAUGCAAUAAUGAUGUGACACGUGGAUGAAAAAAAAAGUAUUUUUCACCCAUGGGAAGAGCAAUACCUGUAAUUAAAAUGCAAUAAGGUGACAUCAGCUGUCACUUGGGUACUCAGCACUUUACAGUGUCAUAAAGCACUUAAUAUCUAAGGACUCUUACUGUGUGUCAACAUUGUACAGUUCAAGUCAUAAUUUGCUGUUUUAUUUAUUCAGCAAAGAGUGCCUUUCAUUAAAUGUGUAUUCUAAAAGUGUGAAGUUUCCUUUAGAUAAUUUCUUUUCUGGAAUGAAAUGCACCUAUGUUUAAAUUUAAAUCUUUAAAACAUCUUUUUUUUCCCCCUGUGUUUAAUAAUAAUGGUGAUGAAUGGAGGUGUAAGUCUCAGUGUAUAGCUUUGGGCAUGAAUACUCAUUAACGCCUCAUGUUAGCUGUUAUUAACGCCUACUCGCUGUUGGUUCUCUGCUGAUAUCAUGAUGGCAUCCCUCUCUGUAUCUUCAGGUUUCUAUAAAAACUCAUGACUAACACUGUGUCACAUCACGAGACAGAAAAAGUCAGGCUGUUUUAAAUAUUGAUGUAUAUCAAGACUGGAGGAGCAGAUGUUUGGCAUUGUGUGUUCUCUAAAAAGCCUAUAAAGAAUAGAAUUUCUGUCAGAAAUAGGUGUGAAGAUCAAAAAGGGAUUAUCAAAUUAUAGAGCAUUCUAAAAAUGGAGGGAUUUUGAGUCAAAAAUGUGAAAUAGAAACAUGAUUAGCUUUUCCUUUCUAUUGGCAAAGCUCGUCACUGGAUGGAGAAAUCCUAAUACUGUGUGCCUAACAAUGCCUUUGACUGGGAUCGUUUCUGAAGCAAAAGCACCAAAUUAAAUAUGCAGACCUUAUGAAUCAUUUAUAAGACUAUCUAUCUUGGCUUCUAAGGCUAGGCACUGACUAUUUAACUUGUUUUACUGUCCCAUACAGUCACAGGAAGGAAACAUUUUCAGUUGGUAUGUGUAAAUGAUAUCAAGGUAUUAUGCGUGUAGAUUUUAUAUAUCUAAUGCAUUUUUUGUUCUAAGUCUUGCCUCCAUCAAAAAAGUAGUUGCAGUGUUUUCAUGCUGAAACAUACUGACUGUUUUAUUACCGUCUGUUUGGAGCCCUGUUAGUGUCUCUAGUUAACACUCAGGUCAGCGGGCCACCAUUCUGCCCCGCUGAUCACUGAUUGUACAGUGAUAGCCCAAAGACAAGGUCUGAUAGCAUUUUAGCAUUUAACAGACAGGUGGCUCUGGCAAGGUCAAAGCCAAUGUGAGGCUAUCAUUUAUAAUUCAUUGGGUGUUUAAUGAAGAGAUCACAUCUAUCCUGCCUUACAUAAAGAUUCACCCCAAGAAAUCCAUUCAAAGCAGAUGGUCCAGUCACUGUGACACAGCAUACUGUACUGCACCCCUUAAUGGAUCUAAAAAUAUCACUGUUGCAUGACUCUGUUUAUCCUUUUACUCUCCAAGUUAGUGACAAGCUCUGUCUCAUUGCUUUAAAAGAAAACAAUGGACUGGUCUCACAUGAAAGCUCAGACAGUGAGUCUCAUAUCAGUAGAUUGGGUUACUGUUUUGUCAGCAGACACGUUAAGCCAAUUUCAAAGCUGCACAGACAGCAGCCUGUGUACUGUAGUUCACACCCUCCUGAGGGCAAAGUCACUUGGACCUCUGCAGCUUGUGUUUGUAAUAAAACUCUAAAAAGUCUCUAAUUUUUUCCAGUGACUUGGAUGCUGGAACAAGCCCAGUAAAAACAAGGCUUGAUGACCUUGUUGUUAUAGAGUUUUGAUCAAAGUGUGAAGGCAGCGCUGCAACGAGUGGCAAUGCAAUCCUCACAGCUUUAAUAUUGAUUAAAGUUCUGCCACGUUCACCUACGGUAUUACUUGAAUCAUUGAUUCUGUGCCAUGAGUUUGCUGACUGAGAACUUUUAGACAUGGCUUCUGCAUUACUCUUAUAGAUUCUUUAUUAACUAAAGAACUAAUAUGAUGACCUUAGAAAAACAAAACCAAAGAAGAGCUGCUUUAUAACAAAUAAGCAGUAGAUUUUUGGCACAGGACAAACCAAUCUUGCAAGGUACUCCAUCUGCUCUCUCAGCACUCGAGGAUGAAGAACAGACAGGUGGACGUACACCUCUUUUCAGUGGGGAGGGGAUCAGGCAUCCUGACACUAUGUGAUAACACGAUGCUCCACAGAUGGGGCUUUGUUGGGAAGUCCUUCUCCUUACCAUUUCGUUGUUUUGUUUGUUCACCUAUGCUGGAGAUCAUUUAUGUUACAUCUAAAAUGUCAUCACACAUGAAUCAACUUCCAGGUAAUAAUUAAAGAACCUCAUAUCUCAGUCCUCCUUAUUUGGAUAAGGCUGAUGAUAUUUUAUGUAUUUGACUGUCAAUAAAUGUCAUUAAAAAAUUAAAACAA